AUGUCACCCAGAGCACCUCUCGCUGUGGUUUCCCUCGUCCUCAUCGCUGGAGCUCUUCUUCUGAUGCUUCUGGUUGUAAUCGGUGGUGCUGUUGACAAAAAUCCAACCAAUCAAUUCUACUUCCUCCAGGCCGAUACUUCCGCCAUCCCAGGCGCUCCGGCUACCUCCAGAUGGACUUUCUGGAAUACCUGCGGUGACACCAACGGACGCAAUGCUUGCCCGCACGUACAUCCAGCAUAUGCAUUCGAUCCCCAGAAGAACUUUGGCACUACCAAGGGACUGCCGGCUUCCCUCAUCAAGCAUUCGGACAAGUACUAUCUAGAAACGCGAUUCAUGUUCGCCUUUGAGUUCAUCGCCCUCUUCUUCUCUGCUUGCGCCCUCGUCCUUGGUCUCCUUGCCCUGUUCAGCCGCGUUGGCAGCUUCCUUACCGGCGCUCUCUGCUCGGUCGGCCUCUUCUUUCAAACCAUUACGGCCGCGUUGAUGACUGCUGCAUUCGUGCAAGGCCGCGACGCAUUCAGAUCUGCCGGCACAACCGCAACUCUUGGGAAAUACAAUUUUGGCUUCAUGUGGGCAGCCGUAGCAUGCCUCUUCCUCGCCAUGGUCUUCCUUUGCGUGGGCGGCGCGACGUCCAGUUCAGGUGGCAGGAAAAAGUCCGGAGGAGGCCGAUUCGGGAGACAGAAGAGCUCAAGGAGCCGAGGUAGCUUCAUCGACAAGGAGACGGCAGUGGAUGGUACCAAUGGUGUUGAUGGUGUUGAUGGUGACCGUUCAUCAUUUGUCCGCGCAUAA